GCUCUCGGCACUAUCUCUCUAUAAAGUUGUUGUUGCGGCUUCCGCCGCGGGUGCAGAAAGAUGGCGUCCGGUAGUGGUGGCUGUAGCGCUUCGGAGAGACUCCCUCCACCCUUUCCCUGCCUGGAGCCGGAGUCCGAGGGGGCGGCUGGGGGGUCAGAACCCGAGGCUGGGGACAGCGACGCUGAGGGAGAGGACAUUUUCACCGGCGCCGCGGCGGCCAGUAAGCCCCAGUCUCCAAAGAGAACUGCUUCCCUUCGUCCCAUCAACAGUGGCUCCAAAGAAAAUGGAGUCCAUGAGGAACAAGACCAAGAGCCACAGGAUCUGUUUGCAGAUGCCACAGUGGAGCUAUCCCUGGACAGCACUCAAAAUAAUAAGAAGGUAUCAGCCAAAACGCUCAUUUCUCUUCCACCACAGGAAGCCACACAUUCUUCUAAGCCCCAGCCAAGCUAUGAGGAGCUAGAGGAAGAAGAGCAGGAGGACCAGUUUGAUUUGACAGUCGGUAUAACUGAUCCCGAGAAGAUAGGAGAUGGUAUGAACGCCUACGUAGCCUACAAAGUUACAACACAGACGAGCUUACCAAUGUUCAGAAGUAAACAGUUUGCAGUGAAAAGAAGAUUUAGUGACUUUCUGGGUCUUUACGAGAAGCUUUCAGAGAAACACUCUCAGAAUGGCUUCAUUGUCCCUCCUCCUCCUGAGAAGAGCCUAAUAGGAAUGACAAAAGUGAAAGUUGGGAAGGAAGAUUCUUCUUCUGCAGAAUUUCUUGAAAAACGAAGGGCUGCUCUAGAAAGGUACCUUCAGAGGAUUGUGAAUCAUCCAGCCAUGGUACAGGACCCUGAUGUCAGGGAGUUCUUGGAAAAAGAAGAGCUGCCACGCGCCGUGAGUACCCAGACGUUGAGUGGCGCUGGUCUCCUCAAAAUGUUCAACAAAGCCACAGAUGCAGUCAGCAAAAUGACCAUCAAGAUGAAUGAGUCAGACAUUUGGUUUGAGGAGAAGCUCCAGGAGGUAGAGUGUGAGGAGCAGCGCUUACGGAAGCUGCAUGCUGUUGUAGAAACUCUAGUCAACCACAGGAAAGAGCUAGCGCUGAACACAGCCCAGUUUGCAAAGAGUCUAGCCAUGCUCGGCAGCUCUGAGGACAACACGGCAUUGUCACGAGCGCUCUCCCAGCUGGCUGAGGUGGAAGAAAAAAUUGAGCAGCUCCACCAGGAACAGGCCAACAAUGACUUCUUCCUCCUCGCUGAGCUUUUGAGCGACUACAUUCGCCUCCUGGCCAUAGUCCGCGCUGCCUUUGACCAGCGCAUGAAGACCUGGCAGCGCUGGCAGGAUGCUCAAGCCACACUGCAGAAGAAGCGGGAGGCUGAGGCCCGGCUGCUGUGGGCCAACAAGCCUGACAAGCUGCAGCUGGCCAAGGAUGAGAUCGCAGAGUGGGAGUCUCGGGUGACUCAGUAUGAAAGGGACUUUGAGAGGAUUUCAACAGUGGUUCGAAAAGAAGUGGUACGGUUUGAGAAAGAGAAAUCCAAGGACUUCAAAGACCAUGUGAUCAAGUACCUGGAGACACUCCUGUAUUCACAGCAGCAGAAGAUUUUCAUUGUAAAUGCGCCUGUAGCUGGGAACCCUAAAGAAAAUAAAGAAUGCCUUUGCAGAAGCUCAGAUCUCAAAGGUGAGAAGACGACAGAUCUGCCAAAGCUGGGCCAGUAUGUGGACUGAGGGGAGAGAGGGCGGCGAUGGAAGGAGGGUCCUGUGCUGAGCAUGCUCAGGGCCCACAUGGGGUUGAAGACCAUGGGUUUCAAGGGGCAUCAAGCCCCAAGCUCGUGGGAUUUUCCCCACCAGUACUCAUCGGCCUAGCAGGUGAGGAAGAGAAGGGAGGAAAUGCUAACAGUGAACCGUCCUGGAGCAGAGAAGGACACACCUUUGCUGCAGUUGGCAUGCCCCUGAACUGUCUUUGGAGACACUGGCUAAGAUUCAUACGUGAGCUGAGUGUUAGAAAUGGAUGCGAACACCUCAGCUCUGUCUUCUGGACUCCGAGAAUGGUGUGUACAUCACCUGCCAAUGUCUCGUGAUACCAGUUGUGUGAUUUUAUGUUGGCUCUCUCCACCAAACUGUAAGCUCUCUGAGGUGUAUGUCUUUAUCACUCCAUGGCCCCCAGCAGGAAUCUGGGCUCAGAACAGGUGCCAAACAGAUAACUGUUGAAUGACUGUUCUCCACCUGCAGACCCUGCCACCUGGCAUUCACAGCCCUCCGUGAGAGGACCCCAGCUCACUUUUCCUUGUUUGUCUCCCAGUCCUUCGAAACAGUGGCUGACACCUCAUGGAAACUGAUGCCAAAUAUGGUCUUAACCUCCCUUCUGUGUAGCCUGAGAAGCCUUUGUUAAUGCUGGGCUUUGUGCCUACAGCAUUCAUUCUCAGCCCUCGUCCCUGUCUUCAGUCUCAGAAUUAUAACUGUCUGAAACAGGCAUUUGAGAGGAGCCCUGGUGGCGCAGUGCUUAAAUGCUCGGCUGCUAACUGAAAGGUCAGUGGUUUGACCCCACCAGCCACUCCACUGGAGAAAUAUGUGGCAGUCUGCUUCUGUAAAGAUAACAGCCUUGGAAACCCCAUGGGGCAGUUCUACUCUGUCCUGUAGGGUCGCUAUGAGUCAGAAUCGACUCGACAGCAGUGGGUUUUGUUUUAGUCGUCAACGUGGUGGAUGCGAGUAGAAGUAAAAGGAGAUAGGGCAUUUACCAGUCUCAGAGCUUUCCCUGAGGAUCCCCAUAGACACUUCUAGAAACCAAAUCCAUGAGGAUGACUGUCCAAGGAUGGGCAUCAUAGUAUUGUCUAGUUACAAAAACUGGAAUCAAUCUAAAUGUCCAUCAGGAAGGGAUUAAACGAAUUAUGGUACAACCAUAUUAAUCGGAUAUUAUACAGCUGUUGAAGAUGAUAUAUAGCUAUAUUCAUUGACAAGGAAAUAUCUCUAUUAUAUAUUUUUCAGUGAAAAAAGCAGGUUAUAGAAUUGCAUGUAUGGUACGAUCCACAUUUAUAUAAAAUUACAUGGGAAGGAUGUUGAUUGAAUUGUUAACUGUGAUUGCCUCUAGGGAUGGAAUUUUGCAUUAUUUUUAAUUUUUUAUGCCAUUUGAUACUGCUUGAAAUUUCUGUGUAUUUAUAAUCAGAAAUUUAAAAUAAAGCUAUUUUCAUUAU